GGGCCGAGCGGGAACGUCUGCGCGGAGACCGAGGAGGCCCGGGCCCGCGGCCGACAUGUUCCAGGGCGCGGACGGCGAGGCUGGCCGCGGGAGCUGCAGGUCCAUGAAGCCCCCCGGUGGAGAAUCGAGUAAUCUUUUUGGAAGUCCAGAAGAAGCUGUUCCUUCGAGCAAGCCCAACAGGAUGGCGUCUAAUAUUUUUGGACCAACUGAAGAACCUCAGAACAUACCCAAGAGGACAAACCCCCCAGGAGGGAAAGGAAGUGGUAUCUUUGACGAAUCAACUCCUGUGCAGACUCGACAACGUCUGAACCCACCUGGUGGGAAGACCAGUGACAUUUUUGGGUCCCCAGUCACUGCCACUGCACCUUUGGCACACCCAAACAAGCCCAAGGAUCAUGUUUUACUGUGUGAAGGAGAAGACUCCAGAUGUGACCUCAAAGCUGUUACAAGUUCUCUGCCCCGGGAAGAACAGGGUGAGAAGGGCAGCUCACAAGAAGCGGGCCAUGCCAAAGCUCCUGAACCCAUGCCCACAGUGGACAGCCAUGAGCCCAGGCUGGGUCCACGGCCUCGCUCCCACAACAAGGUCCUGAAUCCACCCGGAGGCAAAUCCAGCAUCUCCUUCUAUUGAGAAGCUCCUGUUUUGACUGUAGCGGGCUGGACACUCAGAGAUAGGGUAUUGAAUGUUAGUGUUUCCUUUAACCAAAUAAGCAAGGGUGGGAGAUGGUUUGUCACACAGGUGGGAUUGGCUGCCCAUAGGCCCUGUUGCCAUCACAAGGAAUGCAGAGGACUGCACCUUCCAGACUGCCAGGAUACACAUCUGGGGGGAUAAAAUGGGACUCUGUUCAUUAGUUGCUCAGUGUGGAGCAAACUAAGGUGGGGGAGGGCAGAGGAGAUUGUGCUACGUAGCAGGAGGGAUGGUAAGGUCUUCUAUCUGCCACUUUGUAAUGGAGGAGGGAGGCAUAAGUAGAAGCAAGAAGAAGUGGAGUCUGCAUUAAACACCCCCCUUCUGGGAAUGCCUAUCCCCAAAAUGGCUUCCAUUUCUCAGAUUACCUCUGAACCUCAACGUCUCCUUGUUUUAUCCCCAAUGUGUUCUAUAGUCUUGAAACAUCCUGAUUGCUUUUUAUUGGUAGCAGUCAACAGAAACCAAAGUUAUCCUCAGUCUUGUCCUGUGAGAGGUUUUUAUAUAUUGAUUCUCUACGUUCUUGGUUCCUGCACCUAAAGCCACGGCCAGGUCUCAAGUAGCCACCUGUCUUCCCCUCUAAGAGCUGGCUCUGUUCUUGGCAUGCCAGGCUCACUUGUGGAUUCUUUCCUUUGUUUCUCUCAUCAGUCUCAAGUCUAGGUCUGUGUUCCUAACCUGUGAUGUGGAGUUAACUGCUGAUGCAUGCUUCUUCCUGUUCAUGAGGUCCCUGGCCUCAGUGGGGCUUAAAACCUGCUAAGACAUGCCCAGGUACUGGGCAUGUUCCCAUUCUUUCUUGUUCUUUUCCUGUAGUUGGUGGGAAGAUCUUCUGACAAACCUUGGAUUUUUAAGUUGGUUUCUUUAACAUCCAAAAGGCUAGAAAUAUCUGCUGUUCAUAAAUACCUGUGGACUCCAUUUCUAACACCUUCCAGAAAAAUGUCUUUACACAGGCACAUUAGAUGAAGAGGAAAAGCUUUACCCUCUUGACCAUGUUCACAAGCAAUGCUCCUUAGGCCUUUACAGUCACAACUGCUGGCUGGCACAGUGGUCUGUCUUCAUCAGACAAAGGCUCCUCCUCCCCAGCCCAGACUCCACUCCAGCCUUAGAUUCAUGCUCCACCUUGGUGGCCAUGUUAGAAGAGGUUCUGGAUGUUGUGCCCAAUCUCUGAGUGCCUAGAAAGCUCACACCAGGUGCCAGAAAUACCCUCUUUAUUCAAGUCUGGAGACAACUCCGCAGUUAUCCUUAGCUAGACCUGGCUGCUUAAGUGCCUGCAGGCGUCACCUGCCAAGCUUCACUUCCUCAGUGUCAUCUGUCCAGGGGUCUGCAUGUGCCUUUGUCGACCGAAGAGUUUUGCCCUUUCGGUUACCUUGCGGACUGCAGCCAAGAAACAUGACCUUGAUGUGAUUGUGUAAGGACUCAAGUAGGCCGUGUUUUAGAGUCAUUUAUGGGGAUGUCAUUUGAAAUUCAAGGUAUUUUUCCCCAUUUAAAAAUGUCAUUUAAAAAGUCAUAAAUGAUGGGUAGCUUUUUAAGCCUAGACACUAACUUGUUUAAGAUACGAGGAAAUAGUCUUGAUGUUAGAAAUGAACCACUUUUGUAACUUUGUUUUGUUUUUCGAGGUAGGGUCUCACUUAACUUAGGCUGGCCUGGAAUUUACUGUGUAGUCUCAGGGUAGCCUGGAACUCAUGGCAAUCCUCCUACCUCUGCCUUCCGAGUGCUGGGAUUAAAGGCGUGCACCACCACACCCAGCGUAACUAUUUUCUUAAGGAGAACAUGAUUUGUGAGCCAGGCAUGGUGGUGUAUACCUUUAAUCCUUUAAACCAGAAAUAGGAGGAUUGUGUGAAUACAGAGUGAAUUCUAGGUCUGCCUGGGCUAGAGUGAGACCCUACCUUGAAAAAUCGGAAAAAAAAUGAUUUGUGAAUUCAAUUGGAUUGUUAAGGAAAAAUAUGACAUCCAGUGCUGGCCCUGCUGUUAGCUCAGUUAGAGGAGUUCUAGCUCCACCCACUGGCCUAAAUGGCUAGGUGGAGGUGGGGCCCACAGCCACCAAUUUAGGCAUCUUCCCAUCUCUUCUUCUGAGCUGGGCUCCGAGCUUGAGUUGUCCACUUACUGCAGGGAGCAGAGGAGGUUAUGCGCAGCUGAGUGGAGGGGUGUGAGGUCAUCACUUGCAUUUGAAAGGUGCUACGUGAGUCUACGUGAGUCAAGGAUGCCCAUGUGUGAACACAUCCUGUUCCGAUCCUCCAGGCUGCACGGGGGAAUUACUAGUCUUUAUUCUUAUUAAGCCUUAAAACUUUCAAGUGCAUUUGGUGCCAACAUUUUUCUAUAGCUGUAUCAGAACAAGAAACCUAUCUUCACAUCACAAUGUAAUUUUGAUAGGAACAUUUUAUUAUUUUUAUGAGGCAGAAUUGGGUAUAACAGUUGAAUUAAACUUAGUAAUCAUA